GAUCGCAGUAUUGCUGUCUGGGAUAUGGGACCGAGUCCGAAAGAAAUCCAAUUGCGUCAGGUGUUGGUUGGCCACAGGGCGGCCGUCAAUGUUGUUGAUUUUGAUGAUAAGUAUAUUGUCUCGGCAAGUGGCGACCGAACUAUCAAGCAUACUUACCUCAAACACUCAUAACGAACUUUAA